AUUCACAGGACAAGGUUCUGAUGGCCCACGACGAAGUUCAUCAGAAGAAACUGGAGCAGCACCGACGUGAGCUCAUUGAACGGGGAGAGCAGGCGAAACCUGCGCUAGAUCCUCUCUGUGCAAGACGGGUAUAUCGGGCAUGCAUUGCCCAGGUUCAGUGUCAGGUUUAUGGAUUUUUUUUAGGGACCCACGUCUGUUGCUCAGAGCCUGUGAUUCACAAUGCAGGAAUGCAAGAAUAUGGUUUUCACCUUGCCUGCCCAUCAUUUCGGGAAAAUCUGCCACAAAUGCAAAUGCUUAGUGCCCCUGCCUCUGGAGUUCUACAGGAGUAAGUUGACGUUUGAGAAAAGUAUACAGCUCGGGUCUGUUUCGAGCCAGACAGGCCCCUUUAAGAAAUAUAAUCUGUGUUUGCGGUGGCCAGGUCAGUCUCGAUGAGAGAAAAGCUCAAAACUUUUUGACCAGAGAAAUCCGUACAGUGGAUAAGAAGUGUGGUAUUUCUAACAGCGUUACUGAAUUUAGGAUGGGGUGGUUUCAUAUCCACUGGAAAUAUGCAAACACGACCGCAUGGUGAAAUCUUUCAAGGAGGACUACGGCUCUACUGUUCUGCCUCCCACUGCCCCACACAAUGGUCCAAAUUGGUUCAGGACAAUGUCAGAUGAGAAAUAUGGAUCUCAAUGUCAUCCUGCACUGCUUCCAAGUUUCGGCGGAUAAAGCUCGAACUGGGCCCAUGCAGUGGAAAGAAACUAUUAUGCCAUUUCAUUGAGGAUUGGAAUGAAUCUGGGAAUGCUUCAUAGGAAUCGUUUGGAUCGGUAAUGAAUAACAUAUUGAGCGGAGGUGACCUCGUGCGCUUACGUUCGACACACUGGUUACAGCUGCAACUUCGAGCAGCGUUGGGUGAUCACAAACUAACUGUUCAGAAGAAUUUCGCAACAUACAGUGAUCGACACGAGUUUCUUCUUCUGGAGGGCAAGCACAGGAGCUAACACUCGAUGGGUUUUGUCAAGAAGGGAGAGUUUACAUCCUUCUGUGGAGCUGAAGUUGGAGGAAGUAGACGGAUUUGGGAGAGUUUCCUCAGAACCUAUGAAUGUUUCCGUCCCUCCACAAUCUCCGCUUGGCUUGUGGUAAGAAAUCCUCUCAAGUUGGAAUAUAUGCACCGCUCUUGUCAUCCUCACAUAGAUUAUGGUGGAUUGGACACCAAGCCGAGGACAACGAUUAGCGUUACAAAUCGUACCUGCGGGUGUCAGCCGAGUUUAUUUUCUUGGGGGCUGCGAAAUGCUACGCGAGUUCGUUCAUGGCUGUUCAGAAUAGAUUCCCGGUGGGAUGGUCUCUAUUCCGCUGGCGUUUUUCGAUCGAUAUUGCCUGCGAAAGCGUUCACUUACAUUCUGGUUUAGGAAACUGGAACUGUGGGUGCGUGGAUCUAUGACAUGAUGUUUCAAUUACGGACAAACGGGGGCCCUUGAUAAGAUGUCACAUCUCUGGGUUGAGUUCUCCAUGUCAACAUCUAUUGUGUGCCAACAUCAGUGGAACUCGUAUCCCUUUGUUUAUAUUUUUAUGUGUUGAUAAAGCCAACGAAACUGGCGUCGGUGUUGGGAUGCGCACAGAAAUGUAGCCAGAUAGUACCUUCUCUCGGCGUCCACACGCAUCUAUGGAUCUUAGUCUUGAGAACCUUAAUCGUGCGGGUCCUGCUUAGAAUUGCCAAGCCACAAAACAUGCUGGAAUGGAGUAUUCCGAAAUUGAUGGGUUUUGAAGUUGGAGUCCCAUCUUCAAAUCCACCAUAGCAAUCAGCUACGGAUUGCAAACAAGAAACUUAGAGCAUCUCAGGAGCUGAUAAUGACAGAGUCGGAGGUUCCUGUCCCUUCUCCUGAGGGUGCGAAUGAUACCCACAGCGAGGAACCACAGGUUGCCAUUCUCUUUAUCGGCGUCUCACUUUUCUUGGGAGUAAUAUGUCGACAGGUCUUUAAGGGCACAAGAGUGCCUUACACUGUCGCUUUGCUAAUUCUGGGAACUGGUCUCGGUGCCAUGGAGUACGGAACCAGCCGGGGAUUGGGAACUCUAGGAGCAAGUAUAAGAAUGUGGUCACAUAUCAACCCUGAUCUUAUCUUGUUCGUGUUCCUUCCCGCCCUUCUAUUUGAAAGCUCGUUUGCUAUGGAACUACAUCAAAUAAAGAGAUGUAUAAAUCAGAUGCUGUUGCUUGCAGCUCCGGGGGUCUUGAUUUCCACGUUCUGCCUUGCUCUUGUUCAUCGUUAUCUUUUCCCGUAUGGCUGGAAUUGGAGUACCUGUCUGCUUUUGGGAGGUCUUCUCAGUGCGACAGAUCCAGUGGCCGUCGUUGCUCUGCUGAAGGAGCUAGGAGCAAGCAAGAAAUUGAGUACAAUAGUCGAGGGUGAAUCAUUGAUGAAUGAUGGAACGGCUAUCGUUGUGUUCAAGCUUUUCCUCCAGAUGGUACUCGGGCAGCAUUUUACAGCAGGAGAUAUUGUUCAGUUUUUCUCACAAGUUGCUCUCGGAGCAGUUGCACUUGGGCUAGCAUUUGGACUGGUGACUGUUUUGUGGAUUGGAAGAGUCUUCAACGAUGUCAUUGUGGAGAUCACUUUGACGCUUACCGCAAGCUACCUGGCCUUUUUUGUUGCAGAGAUGGAGGCACACGUAUCCGGCGUUUUAACGGUCAUGACAGUUGGCAUGUUUUUUGCUGCGUUUGCGAGAACUGCGUUCACUGGGGAAAGUCAACAGAGUAUGCGCCAUUUCUGGGAGAUGGUAUCGUACAUCGCCAACACAUUAAUCUUCAUCCUUAGCGGGGUGGUCAUUGCAGAGAGCAUUUUACGAAGUCGUGAUAAUGUCCAAGGACAGGACUGGGGAUAUCUGGUGUUGCUAUAUGUGGCCUUGCAGCUGUCCAGAGUGGUGGUAGUUGUCAUACUUUACCCUGGCUUGAAGUACUUUGGUUAUGGCCUUGAUUGGAAGGAGGCAUCCAUACUUAUCUGGUCAGGACUUCGUGGAGCUGUUGCCUUAUCUCUUUCCUUGUCUGUGGCUCAAGUUGGCCAAGAAGAGUCGGAGGAUUACACUUUAAUAACCAAGAGGACGGAGGCUCAGUUCGUAUUUUUCACAGGUGGUGUCGUAUUUUUGACUUUGAUAAUAAAUGGGACAACGACUCAGUUUCUUCUCAAAGUUUUGGGGAUGGAUCAUACGCCUGAAACAAAGGCCCUUGUUCUGGAAUAUGUGAGACAUGAAAUGUACAGCAAAGCUCUUGAGUCAUUUGGUGAGCUAGGAGAGGAUGAAGAUCUAGGGCCAGCAGAAUGGUCUACAGUCUGCAAGUAUGUGAGCUGCCUUCAACAGCACCCGGACACUCGAGCUCUCACGCAUCCUCAUGACGCAAGUGUUUCUGGAGAAGAAAGUCGGAAUCUCAUCCUGCAAGACACUCGAAUGCGUUUUCUAAACGGUGUACAGGCUGCAUACUGGGAUAUGCUGGACGAAGGUCGUAUAACACGAACAUCAGCAACCCUACUAAUGCAAUCUGUUGACGAAUGUCUUGAUCUUGUGGCUCGACAUGAACCCAUGAAUGACUGGAAAGGUCUCCAACAGCAUGUGCAUUUUCCACAAUACUUGAAGUGGAGUAGUCAGUCUAUGUUGCCACAACGUCUCCUCUCUUUUUUCACUGUGGUCAGGCUGGAGCUGGGAUGCUAUAUUGCGGCAGCGUUUCUUCGGGCUCACAGACAAGCACGACAUCAACUUCGUGAAUUUAUUGGAGAAAGUGAAGUAGCUGAUGCAGUCAUCAAAGAGAGCGAAAACGAAGAAGUAGAGGCUAGGCGAUUUCUUGAAGAUGUCAGGCUUCUCUUCCCACAGGUUCUACGAGUUAUCAAAACAAAGCAGGUGACUUACGCUGUCUUGACACGUUUGAGUGCUUACGUCAAAACUCUUGAAGAAGCAGGACUUGUCGAGGAAAAAGAGACAAAUCAUCUACACGAUAUGAUUCAGGUAGAUUUGAAAAUACUGCAGAGAAAACCACCUCCGGUGAAAAUGCAAUCAGCCCAUGAGGUCUUGAUCAAUCAGCCAUUUUUUGGAGCUCUCCCUGGCCACGUGCAGCAAGUUUUGCUAAAUGCUGCGAAAGAAUGCAUGAUGUUUCGCGAGAGUCUGCUUUUCAGGGAGGAUUCAAAGGCAGAUGGCGUGUGGCUUGUUGCUAAUGGUUCUGUGAAGUGGACCAGAACCAAGAGUACAGGACGACAAUUACUACAUCCAACUUUUCCGCAUGGGAGUACCCUGGGCCUGUAUGAAUGUUUAACUGGCAGGCCGCGACUCUGUACCAUUGCAGCAGACUCAGUGGCGCAUUGCUUCUUUAUUGACAGUGCGAAGCUCAUGGCCGUGUCCGCAAGUGAGCCAGGGCUUGAAGACUUUUUCUGGCAGGAAAGUGCUCUUGUAGUGGCUAAAAUUGUUCUACCCCAGCAGUUUGAAGCCAUCACCAUGCAAGAGCUGCGAGCGUUAAUCGCGGAAGGAUCCAACUUGUGCACAUAUAUUCGAGGGGAAACGAUCGAGCUUGAAAUCGGAAGAAUUGGGAUUUUGCUUGAAGGUUUCAUUAAGCAAGAGGGAAAGGAUGACGUGAUCGGUGCCCCAGCCGGUUUGCUGACAAAGACGGAAGUCAUUCCGACCAGCAAAGGUUUUUCAGGGAGCAGGACCGCUAGCAUCAUCCCACAGAGUAUUUUCUACCAUGUUGAGGCUCGCUCUCGGGUUCUUUUCAUCGAUCUUCAUUCAUGUCAGUCCACUCCUUUUACGUCUUUGAGUCCCCUGAUUCCAAAGCAGAGUAUGGGCGAGUCCGCUGGUUUGAUGCGAUUUGGAUCUAAGUAUCAGAGUUCGAGGAAAUCUAGUGGAGGUCCAUCCAAAUCAGGGGACGUUCAUGGAGACCAUUCGGCGAGUUACUCCGCAAAAGCCAUGGAGUUGAGUCUUUUCGGCAGUCAGGUGACGGUCUCAAAGAAGGGCUGGAGAGGUGGUUACGUCCGUAGUUUUUUAAAUUUACAUCAGCCUCGAAGUCAAUCAUAUCCAACUGUUGUGAAAAGAGCUGUGGGCAAGCAGUUCUCGUCAGCAUAUGCUCUCAAAUCGCCAGCGCGGAGAAAUGGGACUGUUCCAAGGAAGGUCCACAGUCACGGAAACUUGGUAUUGGAACCACCUCCUCAGGAAUGGCCCAAGUCUCUAGUGAGAACCCGAUCUGGAACCAGUUGUGAAUCCGAUGGGGAUGAGGAGCAUAUCGUGGAGAUUGAGUCCCCUAGUAAACUAUUUGCUUCCAAUCAAACUACAUGGUGAAACGUCUUCAGUACCAUAUGAAGAUGUUGAAGCAGUAUCUUGGCAUGAGAUGAGGAGUGUUGUAUUUGAGGCAGGAUUGGAAAUUUUGAACUCUCUGCGCGCAUUGGAUGCUGAAGCUCAAGGAUGCGCACGACGAGGAUGGAAAAUUUGAAGAACUGCAGGCCAGGACAAUCUAAGUACGAAUCAUGAGCCCUUCUGGUCUUCGUACCUCGGCUAUAACCCUCUUCGCACUCAAAGGAAGAAGCCUAUAUUGCAAUUUGACGACGACACAGACACAAAUACCCGAUGACGCAGAAAUAUUUCAGGAGACUCCUAGCCCGUUCAUUUGAGCUGCAGAUAAUUGUGGACCUCGUUGUCCGAAAGCAUGAUAUGAAGGUUAAAUUAUGUUAAGAGACAUAUAGGGAAAUUCAUGGCCAGGAGUCCAUAUCUCAUUGAUCCCUGAGCUUUAGCUGGUGAGCACUGCAAGCACUGCGUAUGCAGACUUUACCGCCAGAUGACAUAGAGAAAACGGAAGAGGAAGAUAUUUCCAAGAAUGCUGGUUUGAGAAGGUCAGACGUAGCAUAAAUAACCUUAGAUUGAGCGUGAAAAAGUCUUUUCUAUCAGGACAAAUUUGUUGAAACGAGGGAGCUGACUCAUAGACCAAUAUUUAAGGGCUUGGUUUUUGCAGGUUGGUGCUAGACAAACGUAAAACUGGACAGCAAUAAAGACAAUUCUUUUCACGCGACAUUCUCUUUAGCACAGUUCUCGAAAGCUGUAAAAGAACAGUUAU